AUGGGAAGCCAUCCUUCAAUGGAAGCAAAAAAAUCAAAAAAAAAAAAAAAAAAAAAAAUUAUCACAACUUUUUUUUUUUAUUUUUACUUCUUUUUCAUUUUUACUUCUUUUUCAUUUUUACUUCUUUUUCAUUUUUACUUCUUUUUCCUUUUUACUUCUUUUUCAUUUUUACUUCUUUUUCAUUUUUACUUCUUUUUCAUUUUUACUUCUUUUUCAUUUUUACUUCUUUUUCAUUUACUUCUUUUUCCUUUUUACUUCUUUUUCAUUUUUACUUCUUUUUCCUUUUUACUACUUUCUUCUUCUUUUUUUUUUUCUCUCCCCUUACCCCGCUGUCUCUUCCCCCCAUUAUUAGAAACGUACGAAAGCAAAGUAUGCGUUGCGAACUCAAUUCAUGACAUAUCUAGCCCCACAUCUGAGAACGAGGAAAAUACAGAAGGGAGUUACAGUGAUGAAACGGUUAACUACAAUAAAAAUAAGAAAACAUUUAACCUGCUGUCAUAUAUCGAAAAUGGAAUUAAAAAUUAUAUAAAUUUACUAAAAGAAGAAAAUGUGGAAAUUUACGAGAGAAAAUGUAUUAAAGAAAUUAUAACAUUUCAUAAGUUAAAAUUAAAAUAUUUGAAAAAAAAAAAAAAAAGUCUUCAACAAAAUACAAAUGUGCAGAAUUCUGAACCAGGUUAUGGAUCUCCAACAUUUCACAGCACUUCUGAGGAAGAUAAAGAAGAAAUAAUUAAAAAUUUUGAUCGAUUCAAUUCUUUAACUAGUGGAAAAUCGGACGAAAAUAGUGACAUUGUUACUAUUGCUCAUAAGAAAGAUAUAUAUAAAAAAAAAAAUAAGAGUAACAAUAAUAUAGACACGAAAAACAAAUCGCAUAAAACUAUGAAAUCCCUAACGAAGCAAUCAAACGGAGAGAAAAAAAAUAACCACCCUACUAAUUCUACAUUAAUAAAUAAAAAAAAGAAAGAAAUUCAUAGAAAUUCAGAAGAACUGGAUUCCCUCUAUAAAUCUUACAUUACCACUUUGAACGUCACGCAAAUGACACAUGAGUUAAAUAAAGUCACUAACGCAACACAAGAGAAACGAGAAUCAGAACUAACAAAUAAUGACAUAGAUAUAAAAAAAGAAUACCCAGAUGCAUUGAAUGUAGAUAUCGAUGCACAAAAUGUAAACCAGGAAAGAGGAGAAGGAGAAGCAAAUAAAAACAUCUUUGAAGCUAUAUUCCACUUUUAUAUAAAAGAUAAAGAAAAAGAAACUAGGAAACAAAAGUCAGAAUUAGAAAUGAAAAAAAGUGAUGGUGAUGAAGCAAGCUGUGCCACCAAAGGUAUGGAUAUUGAAUCGUUUUUAAAUUUUGCAAAACAUUACAAAAUUAUAAAAAGUUUAUUAACAAAAAGCGAAUUAGAAAAAAUUUUUUUAAAUGAAAGUAAAGGAAAUCCGUAUAUUCAAGCAAAACAUUUCCAAAAAGUUUUAAUGACAUGUGCUCAAAUAGCAUUUACUAAACCUCCACAUAAGGUUAAUUUCACAGAUACUAAAAAAAUAUAUAACUCUUUGAUAUUAUGGCUUAGCAACAAUUCACCUGAACAACAAAAAAAAAUUAUUUCAAAGAAUUUCCCUCUAACACACUCUUCCAGCUCAUGGGAAAAUAGUAAAACAACCGAAUCUCAAAAAUUUGAUUCGAAAAACACUGCUUUCAGAAAUAAACAAUAUUCCAUUUCUGUAAAGGAUAAAAACAAAAAAAAAAAAACAAAUGACAUUGCAUUAAUGAAUUCACAAAAAUUAGAUAUAUCAUCCAAAAAAUCAGAAAAGCCAAAGCUUUUUCGUUACAACACAAAUCUCAAUUUGCGCAAGUAG